AUGAGUGAGCACAGGGCUCAUUGCCAGAGGCUGCUUUUGGUGAGAGUGAAGGCCUCGGUGAAUCUGAUGCUUGUGGGAAAGGAAGUCAUCUUUGUUCUGACACAAGCCACGGAACUAUUUGUGAUGGCCAUUGAGAAAGAUGCCUGCUGCUGCACUCACCAAGGAAAGAGGAAAACCCUCUAGAGGGAAGAUUUGGACAAUGCAAUAGAAGCUAUGGAUGAAUUUGCUUUUCUGGAAAGUACUUUGGAUUAA